GUCGACAAUCACAAAACGACAUCGUUUUGGUUUAUGCAUCUUUUGAUCUUUUCUCUGUGUUGGGAUGUGCAGAUCAGAUAUUUUAUUUUUCUUCUCGCCGGAUCACAAUUUCAUUUCAACAAACCCCUACCAUCAAUCUUGAAAGAUGCGUCCUCGCAUCACAUGGUGCAAACUUGAAAAUCAAGGCUUGAUUAUUCAUAGGAACGAUUCACAACGUUGUCUGCUGGAUCUCGAAAAAAAAGGCACAUCGGCCGCCGUAGGAAUAGACGACAGGAUCAUGGUGAACACAAAUGCGGCCUCGACCAACAUCGAUUCAUUGAGUUAUCUACUAGGCGAGCGGUUGGUCGUGCCUCAAUUAGGAGGCGGUCGACUGUUCGAGGAGACGGGCUUAAGUUGGACACAAAUACAGUGGGGAUCUAGAAGGAUCAUCAAACUUUGAGUGGCUAAUCGCGGACAACAAUUUCAGAUCUUUAUCCAUUUUCAUAAACCUAUGAAAAUUGGAUUGAUUGAUUUAUUUAGUGAGAUUCUCUGGAAUUGAGAAGAUUGGGAAAAUGUGGACAUGGUAUGAUUGUAUACGACCCAACACAUUGAAUUGGGCCGUACGUGUGCUCAGAAAUGAAAAAUAGAGAAGCUCUUCUCAGAAUUGGUUACCCACCUGGGACUCCAGAUGGCCAUAAUUGCUGCUGGAAUCGAUGACGCAGACAUUUGACUCUGUCCGGAUAAAUUGGUAGCAUGACAACAGCCCAUCAUUUCAGGUGAGAACGGCCCUUCAAGGUGUUAAGGUUCUAACAAAUACUGAUCCGCCAAGAGAAAGCCAUGUAUCCAACAUUUUAAGUUUUAACAACGUCAACGAGUGAAACCAGGAUUACGAAAUGGGGUGUUCAAGAUAUUGAAGGUGGUGUGAACUUACAAGAUUAUCUUUACAUCACUUAUAAUGUUAGCCGUGACCUUGAGUAUCCACAUAUGCCGGUUGUUCAACUUGGUACAGAAAAAAAGUAUUAUUUUCUACUUGAGUGCUGCAACAUUUUGGAUGGACAAUUGUCCAGGAAUCAGCUAGGGUUACUUUCAAUAACUGGAUUCAAGAAGAAACAUAUAAAAGAGAUAUUGAAGAUUUAUUAUGACCAGAGUUCCUUAGAUCGAUAUGGGAUAACGAUCAACAAGGAACAUGCUAAAAGCCUUGUAAAGGCUCGAGUGCUGCCUCCACCACAGGGAAAAGCUUUAUUUGAACUAGAGAAAUGGACAACUUCAACAACAACAGAAGUGGCAAAAGACCUCUUGAUCUCACGCUGAGACUCAGACCAGCGAGUCCCGAAACCGAAAGAGAUGAAGAAAUCGAAGCUGCCAACAACAGUGUACAUACGAGUCUUUCAAACAUGGGAUAUGAUGUAACUUCGAGUUCCAGGCUGGCAGUUGGCUCGUACAACUACUGUGUUAUAAAGCCAGCUCGUGUUCGUGUGAAUCGUGGAAGAGUUUAUGAUGGGAGAAUAUGCCAAGGAUGUGGACGUUGGAGCACCCCUUUGUGGAGAAAAGGUCCCGAUGGUCCACAAACGCUGUGCAAUGCAUGCGGGCUGAGGGAGAUGAGGGCCAACAAGAAAAAUGCUGGUGAGUCAGCAACUCAGGAGGAGAGUUAGUCUGUGUUUUUGGUUUGAGAGAGAUUAUUUUGGGGUUGAUGUUUGGAUUAUUACACCAUUUGCUUAUGCUUAUAUAAUUGGUAAAUUUGGUAUGUUGUGUUAGGAUUUAAAAACAUUUUUAAAUAUUUUUUUGUAAUCGAAUUGUUUUUAUGAUCAGUGAUUCGAAUAUUCGAUUAGACGACAAUGCUGUGAUUGCGCAUUUUGUUUUAAAUUUUAUAGUCGAGCCAACAAUUAGGUAGAUGGAAUGAUUUAUCAUGGAAAAUCGCAAUGCCUGAAAAAAAUCGAGAUUCUGACGAAAAUUAGCAACAUUGGUAUUCUAACGUGGUAGUAGAUGAGAAUGAUCGUCUUACAACUAAAUGAAAGUCUCACAUUCUUUAUUUAGAAUGAAUUAGGCGACGUACAUGAGCAUU